UGAGGCAGUGAGGGCAAGGAGCGACGUUGGUGUUGGUUCGUAUUGCUGUUGGUUUGGAUCGGUUUGCAUUGGGUCGGCGUGGAGUGGUAUUGGUUUUGUUCAGUUUUAAAUAAUCAUCAUCCAAGAUGACUAUCAGCAAAAACAACAAAAUGCUGCAGCAUAUAAAUUACCGAGUCCGAAUAAUUUUGCAGGAUUCGAGGACGUUUAUUGGAACCUUUAAAGCAUUUGACAAACAUAUGAACCUUAUUCUGGGAGACUGUGAAGAGUUCCGUAAGAUUAAACCAAAAAACACAAAGCAGCCUGAGCGUGAAGAAAAAAGAGUCCUUGGAUUUGUGUUAUUACGAGGAGAAAAUAUUGUAUCCCUGACAGUAGAAGGACCACCUCCCCCAGAAGAAGGACUUCCUCGUGUGCCAAUUCCAGGAGCAGCACCAGGCCCUGGCAUGGGACGAGCUGCUGGAAGGGGUGUUCCCACUGGAGCUACAGGAGUUCCUGCAGGUCUUCAGGGCCCAGUCCGAGGUGUGGGUGGUCCUUCCCAGCAGGUGAUGACUCCUGGAGGCCGUGGAGGACCACAAGUGUCAGCUCCUCCUCAGAUGCGGCCACAGCAACCGGGUCCGCCCCGCAUGCCUGUUGGAGGGCCACCACCUGGUAUGAUGGGACCACCUCCUGGCAUGAUGGGUAUGCCACCCGGUAUGCCGAUGGGUCGAGGAGGUCCAAUGGGCCCACCAGGGAUGAGAGGACCACCACCUGGUAUGAUGAGAGGAGGACCUCCUCGUCCAUAUUAAUUUGGAUUCAUAUGACAAAAUGAAUGUACGGAAAAUCACUUAUUACAAAGGGAUGUGAAUUGCUGUGUUGGUGUGACAGUGAAGACAACUGUGAAGUUCUAGAGUUUGCAGUUUUGUGAUACAUAUAAGAUUUAGAGUGAAUUGCACAAGUGUACAUUUUCUAUAUUGUGGGACCUCCAUAUUUUAAAUGUAUUUUUAGGUGAGUGAGUGAGUUGUGAUGUAGGAAACUUCAAACAUCAUUCUGCAUUAAAAAAAUGUUCAACCUUU